CAGCAAACCAUCCUCACAUGAUGUCAGCUUGCAAGAUCUGAACACCGGGAUAUAUAUAAAAUGAACGAUGUACAUUAGUUACUCAUUCGUUAGUUUGUGCUCAACACGAAUACUAAGCAACAUGCUCAAAUACGUGGUACUCUUCAGUGUGGUGGCAGCAUUAUGCGCAGCCGCACCUCAGCAAAACCCACAAGACGUGCAGAUCUUGCGCUAUGACAGCAACGUUGAACCCGACGGUUACAACUUCGUAUAUGAAACCAGCGAUGGUACAUCUCGUCAAGAGGAAGGCAAACUGGAUAACCCACAGUCUGAAAAUGCAGCUCUUACUGUAACUGGCCAAUAUUCUUACGUCGCGCCAGACGGUAAACACUACACUGUGACCUUCACCGCUGGACCCAACGGCUUCCAACCUAAAACAUCCCUUGGACAAUAAAAGAUAAUUUUAAAAGAAUAAUACUUCGCUGUAAAUACUCCUUUAAAACGGUGGCUCUUAAAAAGCUGAAAUAUCUACCACCUUAGACCAGUUAACAAGAUCUCAGUCACCCGACACAUGGUUACCCGCAGUGUUAGCAUGAAGCAUCUAGAAUGAGAGAUAAACGUAUCUAAAUUCUUGUGCCAUAAAAAAAUCUUUAUACUUUUUUACUUUUACAAAAACACUUGUGACUCGAUAUAAUUGAAAUAAUAAUAAAAUAAAAUAAACUUAAUCUAAAUUGCAUUGUUUUAUUCAAGUUUUCACACUUAAAUCAUCAUGCGCUUAUG